AAAGUUGGCAAUGGUGACGCUGAUAAAGAGAGGAUGAAUGCCGAAAUUGAAGCUCUCUCUAAUGGAAUUCCUAAUCGAGUAUUUAGUUCCACCAUUGACACAUUUUCCAAAGUUUUAUCAACAGCCAUUGCAGAAAUAUUCAAAGAUGUUGAUAGAAGCUGCUCAGAAGAAGUACCAACAAGACCCCCUGCUUCCAUCAAAACAACGCUGUCAACCACGGUUGCCAUGCCAACUACAACAACAACACAACCUCCUUGCUGCUCAUGUAAUCAAUGGUUAUGCGGCUUUGAUAUAGCACUUGUGGUAGACCUAAGCUGUAGCAUAAACCAAGAUAACAAAACAAUCAUAGGUGAAAACCUCCCAAAGAUAGCAGACCAGAUCCAGGCAUUGGGUGGCUGUGGGAUUGAUACACUCCACACAUCUCUGACUGUCAUAACAUAUGCCAAAGACACUAUAACACAUUGGGAGUUAGGAUCCCCAUCUGAUUGUGUAGAUCUCAAAGAGAAACUUGAACGUAUUGAUGUACAUAGGGAUGUAGACUGUAAUACAAGGACAAGUGAUGCAUUGGAAGCAGCCAGACAACAAUUUAUUCAAAAUGGACGAUCAGACAACAAUCAAGCAGUACUUAUGAUAACAGAUGGCGCAUCUUAUCCAAAGCAAUUUCAUAAAAGUCUUUUGGCAAUCACUACAUUAUAUAAAGAAGAAGGACGACCAAUAUAUGUUAUAACACUGCCAAAUGAUAUGGGGGAUAGUGCCUCAACCGGAAAAGACACCAUGGAGCUGGAGAUCAAAGCGAUGUCUAAUUCAUAUCAAGACCGAGUAUUUUCGACAGGAUUCCGUAAUUUUGGCAGUACUUUAGAGGAAGCCAUCAAUGCAAUGUAUGUGAAGAUAGAUAGGAGGUGUAAGCUGGGGAAAUGCUGUCCAUGUGACCCUGUUCCGAUGACAGUACCAACAUUGACUAAAAGGUGUACUUGUGAUUAUGCUAAUGGUUAUCAACAUAUUUCUGACAACUGUUGGAUGACAGAAAAACACCAGGCUGGCUGUUUCAAAGUCUAUAAAGAAAAGGCAACAUGGAAACAGGCAGAAGAAAUCUGUAGACAAGAUGGUGGACACUUGGCACGUUGGAAUAAUGAGGAAUGCUUUCAAGAUAUCAGCUCCUACCUUACUGAAAUAGAUGAUGAAAUUAAAUCAUACAAGCCAGGAGAAAAGGACAGCAAAACAGACAAAUCAAGCGAAAAUAAUAGCCAAAAAGACAAGUCAAGUGAAAAUGAUAGUAAAAAAGAGAAGUCAAGUAAAAAUGAUAGCAAAGAAGAAGAGUCAAGUGGAAAUUAUA